CCCCUGCGAAAGUAAAUAUGUAAUAGCGGAAUCGCACUCGCGAUAAAGAAAUUUUUACAAUAAAAAUAAAUGGCACUGAUUAUCGGAUGUUUACGAGUCGGACCCCUCGUCGAUUGAUAAAACUAGUGAUGUUAUUUAUUUUGCGGUAGUCUUGUAUCGGACGGCGGACGACGCGCACGGUCGGUAGCUUUAUCACUUGUUUGAAAAGUGAACAACAAUCGAAAAUGGAACUCAAUUUUAUAACAACGUUAAUAAAACACGAUGUGAAUCAUAAUGUGACACAGUGUUUCAAAACGAAAAAACCGUUUGUGAGCAGAAAAGAAGAAGUGUUGGCUAUCAAAACAAAAUUUCCAAAUAAAAUACCGUUAAUAGUCGAAAAAUACCACAAAGAUAAAAGUUUGCCGUCGCUGGACAAGACGAAGUUUUUAGUGCCCGGAGAUAUUACAAUGUCACAGUUUCUAGUCAUAAUAAGGAACAGGAUAAGAAUUAAGCCAAACCAAGCCCUGUAUUUAAUUAUAAACAACAGAUCCAUGCUGAGCAUGAGCCUGACGAUGGCACAAGCAUACGAAUCUCAUGGAGACGAAGACGGGUUCCUCUACAUUACUUACGCCUCACAAGAAGUCUUCGGAUACCAAGAUGAUAUGAAUGGAUCAGAAGAAGAAGUUCAAGUCAUCAGACAUAGAUUUCCUAACAAAGUACCUCUUUAUGUAAAACGCUACGUGAGGGAGCGAGAAGUGCCAACCUUAGAAAAAACCAAAUUCCUGGUUCCUCAAGAGCUUACGAUGUCCCAGUUUCUCUACAUCAUUCGGACAAAAAUGAAACUAAGGGAUACACAGGCCUUGUACCUGCUGGUGAAUGACAAGGUGCUGGUCAGCCACAGCAUGACCAUGGCGCAGGCGUAUGAAGAGUUCCGCGGCGCCGACGGCUACCUGCACAUCACCUACGCCGCGCAGCAAGUCUUCGGGUGAACCGAUGGUACGCUUCCAAUCUUGAUUGAUGAUUCAUCGGUUCCUGAAACUGUCUUCUUAUAAUGUAAAGACUGAUAGUAUUUCUGAUUGAAUGUGAUAGUUAAGUUUAGGUUUAAGACGACGGGAGUCAAAGAGAGAGAGAGAGAGAUAGAUCCGAAUAAAAACCUUGUCGAAAUAAUACCCCUUUUUAAGUCGUUGAAAAGAAAAACAGUUCCGUCUAGAAGA